AUGUUGGAAUGCAGCAUGUCACACCAAAUAACUUUUCAAAAGUAAGUCUUAUUUUGUGCGAUCAUGUUUUUUAAAGAACACCCCACCACUUAUCAGAGUUAUUUUCAAUAUUAGACAAUGAUCAGUGGGUGUUCUUUUAAAAUUAUCUGUAAUUUACAAGCAGAUACUGCUUCAGAAUAUCAAAGGGAUUUUUAGAAGCAAUUUUAGCUGCUUCCUUUGGCUUUUUUGCCUCUUAUCAGUUCCCUAGGAUGUAACUUACAGUAUUAUGACAAUAUAUUUAAUUAGCUUUUCUCUUUCUCUCCUCUUGCAUCAGUUCUUCAUUGACCCUAUAAAGCUGAUGCCCCUCCAGAGAUUCCUCCCGAGGCCUCCAGGUGAGAAGGGGCCACCCCGUGGAGGAAGAGGUGGGAGAGGAGGUGGCUUCCGUGGAGGUCGUGGUGGCAAUGGUGGUGGUCGUGGAGGAUCUGGUGGACGUGGAGGAUUUGGUGGGCAUGGAGGUGGUGGAGGAUUCAGAGGAGGCAGAGGUGGAAGAUGUGGAUUCAGAGCUAAUUUGCUAUGUUGAUCAUCAGAAAAUAAUGAUGAAAGUACUAAAUUCAGUUUAAUGGAAGAAUUUAUCUAAAAAUGUAAAUUCCAUCAUGUAUGCAUUCAUGCCUUUACAAAUCCACAAACUAAAUUUUAUAUAUUGAAUAUACAUUAAUGUUAAAAAGUUGGGG